AUGCGAUCAACGCUUCAGCGAGGUGUCCGGACUCUGUCCUGGACUCGAGUCAUCCCUCGCGUGCAUCGCCAGACAAGAUGCAUUCAGAUUCGCGCGACAUCCUCCGAGGAGCCCGCCAACGGGGCUAACUUGCCCCUCGCAAACACGCCUAGCUCCGUCGAAUCGCGCGACGCGCGAUUCGACGUCAUCGGUGCCCCGUAUUCCCUUCUUUCCGUCUCUCUUUCAGCCUCCCAAAACUUGUACACGCGCCGAGGAACCUUGGUUGGGUUGAGUGGAAAGGCCGACAAUGUGAUCUCAACAUUGAGCGUUCUUGAGCCCUUCCGCAGGGCGAUUGUUGGAGUGCCUUUCCUCUAUCAGAAGGUUUCGUCAGCAAGUCCCGUCACAGCGCUCGUUUCUGUUCGAUCUCCCAAUACUUCGUUUGCUGUGGUGAAUCUCAAUGGCUCUGUGGAUUGGAUGGUUGCCCAGCGUCGCGCAUUGUUGGCAUGGACAGGCCGGUCCUUGUCCAUUAAGCCUACCAUUAACACUAACAUGAGCCUCUCACAUUGGGGGAGCUCCGAGGUGACCGGCAGAGGUUUAAUAGCGCUGGUAGGAAACGGCCAGGUCUAUUCCAUUGAGCUGAAGGACGGUGAGCAGUACAUAGCUCACCCCAGUAACGUGGUCGCCUAUACCAUGUCCUCCAACCCUCCUCGCCCAUACCGCUUUAAGUCCACGACUUUGAACUUCCAGGUUCCGGGUCUGAAGACACUGCCGAGACUUCUGCAGAGCAACAAGUACAUCCAGGACGUUUCCAGCUCCGAUGCAUGGAAGCGCACCAUGCGAUUCUUCCACAAGCUGCGAACCUGGUCUCGCAUGACUAUUUGGGGAGAUAGGCUCUUCAUGCAAUUCGAUGGCCCGGCCACCGUUCUCGUCCAGUCGCGCGGCCCACGCCUGAACGACGUCCUGUCAGCCAACGAGGUGAAUGAGAUCGCGGACACCCCUCGCGGUCUUACCUCCCUCCCAGGCAAGGCCAAGGGUGAACAAGAAAAGAAAACCGGCGACGCUAUGCAAGAGCCUGAGAUCACUCGCUCGAUCGAUGACAUCGUUCAAGAAGUCAAGGGAAUCAGACAGAGCGUGGCUAUGAUCCGCAAUGAUGGCAAGGUUGAAGUCAAGCAGGUGGGAAAGACGAAGGAGCUGUGA